CUGGCGGAUCCUAUCCUAGGUCCCACCUAUCAGCAUUGAAGUAUCGCCCUUAUGUUUUUUUACAAUAACUACCGUAUUACACCACCGAUUUCGUCCGGGUUUUUUCAAGAGCGAUCAUUGUUACUAUUUACAGCUGGUAUCAGCUUGAUUAUCCAAAAAAAAUCGAAAAAAACAGUUUCGCCUCUAAACUGCUAGCAAAAUAAGUAUCGCCCUUCUUGUUUGCAUGGAGCGUGGAGGGCGAAACUUUAAAUAAACAAACAAAAAUACAGUUUCGCCCGAUGUAUUUUUGCUGUAGUUUAAGAAAGCAAUAUCGUAGAAUCCAAAUUUUUAGGUUAAUUCGUUGCGUUUUAAAGCCCUCAUUCGCAUGUAUGAAAAAAGCCUUAUGUUUACAUUUCUUUUUGUUUAUUUCACAGCAAGCUAGCGCUAUGAAAAGGAUGUCUUCAACUGAAGAAUACCAGGAGGCAAUGGCAAAAGUUACACUUGUUGAACGAAACCCAUCUCCCAAUGGUGCGCAGAUUGUCAGCCUAUACAGGAGUGGCCGCCGUGAAGCGGAUGACAUUGUAGAGUUGGCCAGAGAAAUCCAAGCGGCGGACAUCCAAGUAAACAACAAUGCUUGUUCUAAACUAUUGGUUAUAGCAGAACAGGUCAAGUUUCUGCAAGAACAAGCGAGGAAGAUUCUUACGGAAACGCAGGCAGCUCAAGAUCUCCACCAUGCGGCAUGCAAUUUUAAGAAAAUUCCCGGCCAUAUUUACCACUUGUAUCAGCGAGAAUCGGGUCAAACUUAUUUCAGCAUGUUGUCGCCGGAAGAAUGGGGAGCAGAUGAGUGCAGGCAUACCUUUGUGGGGAGUUACCGGUUGGAGCACGAUCAAUCUUGGACGGCCAUUGAGAAGCUUCAAGAGAGAAGUGAUAACCUCAAGUGGGCUAGAAAUAUGUUGCAACCGACGGGGACAAAGCAAAGGAAUGUUCUCUCUAUUGAAGACUUUAGCGAGGAGGCAAUGGACACGUGAUUGAAGUGUCUGUAAAGGUAGGACUGCAUACUGAAAGCACUUUGUUAAAAACGAAAUUUCAGUUGUAUCCAAUAAAUGAUGCUGAUGCCGACUAACAA